GACAUUAUCCAACAGCUGUAACGUAGUUCCACCUAGCAGCAUUUUGAGGAUUUGUGCUUUGCUGAGUUUGAAGUCAGAUGACUCGUAGGCUAUGCUUUGAAUAGGGGACCCCAGGGAGGUUUCUGAGUGCCUGGGCAACGCAGGAGCGGAGGAAAAAGAAUCAAGAACGCAUAGGCUAUUUGCUCUGCUGGUGUGGAAGCCGCGGUCCGCAGGAUACGUCUUCAAGUCCAUCCCGAACAGCAAAUCAGCUACAGAGAAAGUUUGAUCGGGCAAUUUUGAUGCUAAUUCGAAGUUCUUGAAGAACCGUUAUUUGCAGAAUUGAGAGAGAAAUGUGGAACAACGAAACAGAGCGUAUUGUGUUGCAUUUAACCGUAACAUAACGAGACUAAAAAGAAGCUAGUUAUCGCACAGCAUCUUGAAUCUCAAGAUUUUGUGAACUUGAGUUGGCUGACGUUACUCUGUUCUUUCUCAGGUUUCUUCUCCUUCCAUUUUUUCUUAGCUUUUGAAAAUAAGUGCAUAUUUGUUUUAGCUAAGUUAACGUUAAGUCAACGUAUCAAAUGAUGACGGCACUUCGCUUAAAUUUGUCUCCUUUGAGGGAACCGCUUGGUUUUAUCAAAGUUUUGGAGUGGCUUGCAGCCAUUUUCGCAUUUGGAAGCUGUGGAGCAUACGUUGGGAGAACUGUGGUGUCUGUGCUGUGCAGUGAAGGCAAGAACGAAACACUUAGCGCCACUUUCUCCUACCCCUUUAGGUUAAGCCAGGUGCCCCUGGUGAGUGAAAACACCACGUUGUGUAACCGCACGGUCGCAGAGACCCAUCUUGUGGGAGAUUCAGCAUCCUCGGUGCAGUUCUUCGUGGCCAUCGGUGUCCUGGCCUUUCUGUACUGCAUGGCAGCUCUGCUGAUAUACCUGGGGUACAUGCACGUCUACAGGGACUCAGACUUUGGGCCCAUCCUGGACUUCCUGAUGACGGUGGUGUUCGCGUUCUUCUGGCUGGUGUGCUCGUCGGCGUGGGCGAGGGGUCUGCAGACGGUGAAGGACGCCACGAGCACGGCCGGCAUCAGGGCCACCCUGGCGCUGUGCCGGGAGCCGGGCGUGGCGUGUGAGGUCACGGAGUUCGCCCCCACGCGCAGCCUCAACGUGUCUGUGGUAUUUGGCUAUCUAAACAUGAUGAUCUGGGCCGGUAACGCCUGGUUUGCUUACAAGGAGACGCGCUGGCACGCUCAGAGGAACUCUGCCCAGCACGGGGCAGGGCGUGGGCCGGUCCCCGCCCCCAUCUGACCUCCAGGUAGCCUCCAUCGCCCCGACAGUCCACCCCAAAAGCAGCCGGUGCCCGAGGCUUCGCCCCGAUAGUGUGGAACACGCGCUGAAGCUGUGCCAUCUCAGCUACCUGCACGCCCAUUGUGUGCCUUACUAUUAUUUCAAUCACUUCAAUAACGGCUGUCCUCGUGAAGGAACCCGUGUUCUUCAUUUCAGCUUCCAUUGUUUUUUAAAUGACAUUUAAGCAGAAUUCUUACUUGGGUAGAAGUAUAUUACUCCCAUUUCGUAAUUAUACCGCAGCGAUUGCUUGAUUUAUUUUUCGCUACCUUCUUUUUUUAAAGAUUUGCAUGCCUUUAUUUGCACAAUGACAAAUUAUCUUUUUAUGAUUCAAAAAAAUGUAUCCAUUUAUCAGUGCUGGACUGUAACUUGAGGUUUGCGUUAUUAAUAUGUCUAGUAUAAGCAAAGACAACCAUCCAAAGUGCCAAAGCAUCCACUGUCUAGUGUGGCAUCUCCGUGGUGGAGUUUUCUCUCUGGCAGUGUGGGCGUCCCUGCCUCCCCCAUGCAGUAAACCUAGCUUUAAAUUGUUGUGGUCCUACAGGGUUUGGAAAUGACAUUUUUCCUGUCGGUCUAUACUCACCAAAAGCUGUGUGCAUACCAAAAAAGGUGGUUUGUUUUCCAAAUAAAAACCCCAUAAAAUACAA